AUGGAGGUUCAAAGGAAAUUGCCCUUUGACCCGGAAGUGUUCCCCCCGGGAUCGCCGCCCGCCCUCCGCGCCGAUGGUGGUGACGGUUGGGUGCCCGUGUGCCGCCACGCUUGUACCUUUGAGACGAGAUACUUUGACGAUAUCAUGUUGAACUUGGUUAGGAAUCCAAACCUCAACUCCAAAUGGUUGUUUCGGGCCGAUGUUCUCUAUGAUGAUGGGGAUGACGAGCAGCCUCAUAAUAAAGACUCUGUCAAAGACUGCCCUUCUAUCCCAGACUUUCAGGGCUUGAUCUGUCAAAGAACUAUUGUUCGCAGACUCAUUCCGAGGAAUACACUUCGAGAUGCGCCCCUGGAUCAAACGUGCUCUUUUUACACUUCUCCUCUCACCCCAGAGAGCGAGGACUCUCCAGAGGGUGAAGGCCUGACAAGAUCUCUCACCAUCUAUCUACCACAUGCUACCUCUGCUGCAGAAAUGCCCUACUAUCACCCCAAAGUCAGGGGGGUAGGCCAGCUCCACGAGUGGGAUCCGGCUACAAACACGGGCACAAUCUCUAUUCAUUUCCUACCCUUCGAAGAGGACCCUGCCAUCGAAGAGGCCGACCGGGAGGCUAAUCGAGUGAAGCUGGGGAGGAUUGCCCAUCACCUCCUUCAAACCAUCCACAAGCACGGCCACGCCAAUGCAGUCGGCUACGUCAAGAGGGUAAACCACGACGUCGUCGUACCUCGAGAGCGAUUCCAGGACAGGUACUCCGAGCUCAAGAACAAGUACGCCAGGCGGCUUACUCGGUCUUGGCUCGAGACAACAGAUCCGUCCAAACAUGUGUUUGAGGAUCUGGGCAUCGCGGCUUUCCUCAUUGAGCUGUGGAGAGACAUGUACAAGGACUCCGAGUUUCCAGGCUUUGUCGACAUUGGAUGUGGAAACGGAUUGCUGGUGCACAUUCUACGAGAAGAGGGUUACACGGGCUGGGGAUUCGACGCUCGAGAGCGCAAGUCUUGGGCUCAAUACAACGGCGAAUCGUCCAUGUCACCCUCGGGUAAAUCCCUGCAGAGAUUGCUUCUUCUCCCCAGCGUCGUCACGAGGGAGGUUGCAAACGGACAGCAGCAUGAGGUUGGCCCGGAUGACAUCCACGAUGGCAUCUUUCCCAAGGGCGCAUUCAUCAUCUCAAAUCACGCCGAUGAGUUGACGCCCUGGACACCCAUCCUCGCCGCCAUCUCGGCUUGCCCCUUCAUCAUGAUCCCGUGCUGCAGCCACAACCUCACGGGCGACAGGUGGCGAGCCCCUCCGCCCCGCGACAAGACCAAGGGCAAGUCCAUGUUUGCGUCGCUAGUCGACUGGGUGACUCUGAUCGCCGAGGACUGCGGGUGGAAGGUGGAAACGGAGAUGCUGAGGAUCCCCAGCACGAGAAACACGGGGCUGCUGGGACGAACGAGAACCAAGGAUCUCGACGAGGUGGACAUUGCUGGGGUGCUGCACAAGUACGGAGGAGUUGGGGGUUACUACAACAAUGUUGUCAAGCUGGUCAAGUCGAUGCCAAGAGGUCACUGA